AUGAUGAGCGUCCUGCUCGUCGAGUACUGUCCGCCUGUACGUUGUCAUCUGAACAGGAAAGUCGGUACGAUUCUCAGGAAAUCGAUCUCUUGGCCAGUCGCCUUACAAACGAUCCAAGGCGAACGAGGACGUCAACGGACAAAAAGUGGCGGUUCAUUAUUCAAUAAAAUCACCGGACUGCCAUUACAUUCGAGUCCAGCGCCUUUAUCUCGUCAAAGAAAGUACGCUUUGUGGAGAGAUUCGUAA